CAGGCUCUUUCAGUGUUCGUUCGAACGCGGCCUCAUACGGUUUUGCCGGCUCGUGGCCGAAGAAUUCUUUCUCUCUUUUUCUUUCUCUUUCUCUCCCUUUCUCUAUCUGUCUCUCUUUCUCUUUUCGCCAUGGGAGCACACUGCCGCGGUGGUGAAAAAGCCGAGGGUAGCCCUCGGUAGCCGAGCUUACCCCGCUUACUCGCGCGCGCACUUACGUACGCACGCACACUAAAUACAUACACAUAUACACAUAACGCACGCACUAUACACGUAUAUACAGUCAUAUACAUCCACAAAAGACCGGCUAUCGGGACAUUCGUCCGGGGCUUCGCAGAGAGAACGCGCGCGGGCGUGCGCGAUCUUUCGCGAUCGGUCGCUUAUAGGGAGUGUGAGUGAAAGUGUCGGUUGCUGAUUAACGAGGAGGGACCAACCCUCAUUGUAACAAUCAAAGUUGUAUAUAUUCUUUUGAACGUGUAGAAAAUGUAGAGUGAAAAUCACUCGAAGAGAUUCUGUCCUAUUGAAAGAAAGGAAAAAGGGUGGAAAGCAUAAAAAAAGAAGGAAGGACGGAAAAGAGAAAGGAAAAAGAAAAGUAGAAAGGAAAAAAGCAAAAAGGAAGCAAGAUGUCAGGAAACUAUACGGUACGCUGCGAACCGGGUUUGAUGAUACCGAUAUGGACACCCUUAGAAAACCUUCAUUUGAUAGACCUGAUCUUUCGAGGAAUCGUUUAUUUUUUCCUGCUUCUCUAUCUGUUCAUCGGUGUAUCGAUCAUUAGCGAUCGGUUUAUGGCGGCGAUCGAGGUAAUCACGUCGAAGGAAAAGGAAUUGGUCGUACGCCGACAGGGUAGAGAGCCAACGAUAGUCAUCGUCCGUGUUUGGAACGAAACUGUGGCUAAUUUAACAUUGAUGGCUCUUGGUAGUAGCGCGCCUGAAAUACUUCUCUCGAUCAUUGAGAUUUGGGCGAAAAACUUUCAAGCGGGCGAAUUAGGUCCGGGUACAAUCGUCGGCUCGGCGGCAUAUAAUCUUUUCGUGAUCAUCUCACUUUGUGUGUUCGUAAUACCGACCGGCGAGACGCGUAAGAUAAAACAUCUACGGGUCUUCUUCGUUACAGCCACGUGGAGCAUAUUCGCUUACGUCUGGCUCUAUGUGAUACUUGCGGUCUCGAGUCCGGGCGUUCUUGAAGUAUGGGAAGGGAUAUUGACGUUUACAUUUUUUCCGGCGACUGUAUUAACUGCUUACGUAGCCGAUCGACGUUUACUCAUCUACAAAUAUCUUCAUAAGGGUUACCGAAUGAACAAAAGAGGAGUAAUCGUUCAGGCAGAGGCAGGCGAUUCCGACGGCGGAGUCGAACUUGAGAUAAAACCACAACAGGAUAGCUUUCAUACGGUCGAUCGGUUGGCCGAUGCCGAUACGCCCGAAGCGCGGGAGUUUGAACAAACACGUCGGGAUUAUAUUAAUACGUUGAGGGAACUUAGAAAGAAACAUCCAACUUUACCGUUGGAACAACUCGAAGUUAUGGCACACGAGGAGGUACUUGGUAAGGGACCAAAGAGUAGAGCGUUCUACAGGGUCCAAGCGACAAGGAAAAUGGUCGGUGCUGGUAAUCUCAGUAGGAAGAUCAGCGAGAGAGCUCAAAGCGAUCUUAGCGAGGUCAAGGCCGAAUUACAGAAAGCCGAGGCCGAGAGUAUCGACAUAGAAAACGUAAACGCAAUGAGAGUCUUCUUCGAGCCAGGACAUUACACGGUUAUGGAGAACGUUGGUACCUUUGAGAUCGGUGUUACCAGAGCUGGCGGAGAUCUGAAUAAAUCCUGUACCGUCGAUUAUUCCACCGAAGACGGUUCCGCCGAGGCUGGCUCUGAUUACGUUAGUGCCAAAGGUACCUUGACCUUCGAAUCCGGCGAGACCAAAAAAACGAUACAACUUUCCGUUAUAGACGACGAGCUUUUCGAAGAAGACGAACAUUUUUACGUCAGAUUGAGCAACGUAUCGCAACCAGCCAUGCUGGUGUCACCAAGCUUAGCGACGGUGAUGAUCUUGGACGAUGAUCACAGCGGAAUAUUUGGCUUUCCCGAGAGGGACAUCGAGCUCGUAGAAAGCGUCGGACAAUAUCCUUUGCGGGUGGUGAGAUACAGUGGCGCCAGAGGACGCGUCAUCAUUCCUUAUCGUACGAUCGAAGGAACUGCGAAACCGGGAAAGCAGUAUGUUCACACCGAAGGAUCUCUCACCUUUGAAGAUAAUCAAACCGAAAAAACCGUCAGUAUGGAGAUCAUCGAGGAAGACUCUUACGAAAAAGAUGCUCUCUUUUAUGUUGAACUUGGGGAACCACAGUUACAAGGAGUAGCGAUACGUGAUUUUUUGAUUUUAGCCGAAGCAGGAAUCGCCGUAGCCGCGGAAUUGAAACAACCCGAAGAAAGAACGGAAGAAGAAAAAAUGGCACUCCUGGGUAAACCAAAACUGGGUGAAGUGUCCAAAGCGCAAAUAAGAAUUAAAGAAUCAAAGGAGUUCAAAAAUACCGUAGAUAAACUCGUUCAGAGGGCGAAUGCUUCGAUAUUGCUCGGGACGAGCUCCUGGAAGGAACAGUUUACGGAAGCAUUAACUGUCAGUGGUGGCGACGAAGAGGACGAUGCGGAAGGAGGAGGAAGUGGAGGAGGAGGAGAGUCUUCAUCCCCAACACCAGCCGAUUAUCUCAUGCACUCUAUCACUAUCUUCUGGAAGGUCCUCUUUGCCUUCGUACCACCUACCGAUAUCGCCGGCGGUUAUCUGUGCUUCGCUGUCAGCAUAUUUGGAAUCGGGGUGGUGACGGCAGUAAUCGGUGAUGUCGCAUCCUACUUCGGAUGUACUCUUGGUAUCAAGGAUUCCGUCACCGCGGUCGUCUUCGUUGCUCUUGGCACAAGUAUUCCUGACACGUUUGCGAGCAAGGUGGCUGCCUGCCAGGACAAGUACGCCGAUGCGAGCGUAGGAAACGUGACCGGAAGUAACGCGGUAAAUGUCUUCCUGGGAAUCGGCAUAGCGUGGAGCAUCGCAGCCAUUUACCAUGCCUGCCACGGUGACCAAUUCGUUGUGGAGCCCGGCAACUUGGCCUUCUCCGUAACGUUGUUCUGUACGGAAGCCUGCUUGGUGAUCCUGGUGUUGCUGUUAAGACGGACGAAGAGCAUUGGCGGCGAGCUCGGUGGGCCUUUUGUACCGAAACUCAUAACGUCCGCCUUUCUCUUUUCCCUAUGGCUCUUCUACCUCAUCAUGUCCACCCUCGAGGCCUAUGGCAUAAUCCAAGGCUUCUAAAUCGCCAUCGCUAUGUGCGAUGCCAAACGUUGGCCUACCGAAGCUACGUUUAUAUUCGAUCCUUGCAUUCGUCCGCCAAGACGUGCGCUCAAGAAAACAUUCUAUUGGACAGGAGGAAGUGAAAUCAAACGAAGGAACGAACGAACGGACGGACGAAAGAAAGAAAGAAAGAACGAAACACUCCUGGCGAGAGUGCGUCGAAAAGGAAGGAUGUUCACCCCCUCUUGAUCCCUGGAAUAAAAUGAACAACGAACGUGAUUGCGUGAAGUAUAAAUGCGUGCAUACGUGUGCGUACGUGUGCUUAGGAUACGUGAGAGAGCGUGAGUAUAUAUGAUUGUUGCAAAUAGACAAAAGAAGAAUAACAAAGAAGAAAGAAAGAUGAAAAAAAGAAAGAAAGAAAGAAAAGAUAGAAGGAUAGAAGAAAGAAGAAGAAGAGGAAAUUUGAAAGAAGAAAAAGAAGAUAAGGGAUAAUCGUGCAAGAGUAGUGGCAUAUAAGAAAAUAUUAGAGGAAACAAAAAAGUGUAUGUCUGUGUGAGUAUCAAAGCGAGUUUGCCUUAAAUUAAAAAUUAAAAGGAAUGAAAGAUUAAAUGACGUAAUUCUAGUCAAGGUUCAACCUUUAUCCUUUAUCGGAAUGGUUGGACGAAUUUAUGUGUAUCGAAGUUAGAA